UAAUCUCAGUGGUAUCUACCAGUGCCUGGUUCCAAACUACCAACGUAAUGCAAGGGACGUAACUCGACGCUCCACAAUCCAGAAACCGAUUACUAUUAUCACUUGUAAAAUAUAUUGAACCAUUUCAUUUAGACUGUAAAUUGUGCAAACAUCCUUCGUGGAUCUACGCAUACAUGCCACAAACAGGCGUGGUAUCUGCCAUCAAUACGCCGAAAUGCUUACACCGGAAGUGUAGACAGUCCUCCACGGACACCCUACAUCCUUAUUUUUUCUCCCCAGUAACAGAGGGAAGAGCGAGACACAUUUUGAAAGUAAUAAAUUACUUUAUGCUGAGACCAGAGAAACUGUGGGUGAGAAUUGGUGGUUUGUAGAGCAGUUUCAAAGAAGAUAUAAAUUGUAUUUCGAUUCCUUCAAGACAGCCUCUUGGCGAGUUGUAUAUUUAUAUUGUGACUUAUAUAAGACCUAUAUGUAUUCACCCUGAAGAUGAUACCUGAAAUAUUUGUCGAAAGCUCGCGUGGCUAAUCCUUCGAAAACCGAAUAUUCUGUAGUUGUAACUAGCAGGGGAAACCUGUUAGCAAAACACAACACAAAUAUACCGCCAAAACAAGCCAAAAAUAAAUAAAGAAAUUCUAUUUGGGAGUGGAAGUGUCAGAAAUAGAUGAAUAAUUUACGUAUUCUUAACCCCCGAAGAUAGUGACAAAAGUGGAUGACAAAUUUCAUGUGUUUUUAACACUCCCUUGGGGGGGAAAGACAAGUGUUAGGUUACUUCUGAGGUAACGUCAACAUUCUUAUGGGGAGGUAACAGAUGUCUGGUCGCCGGCCACUUGUUAACAACACAUCGGGACAAGCAGAUGUUUAAUUACGGUGUUCAGAAGUAUCAAGAAUAGUCAGAGCCAGUGACAGAUAAGAAGACAUCCGAUCCGGGGACCUACGAAGGCUCCAGUCCGACAUUGUGUGGCCCACACUAUCAGCCAGGAAACGUGGCUCUGCGUACGCCAAUCCAAGGCAAAGUUGAGGAAGCUGCCAGCCUACAUGUGUGUUAGCUGACGGAUUGAGGGCGGAUCAUGGGGUUAGAACGACUCUAAUUGAUAUUCUGACGAGACCAGAGGCAGGGAUUCUUCGCAGGAGGCAGCUUAAUGUAUCUGAAGGAAAUAUAAUUUAAGGUAUGGAUUCCAUGUAUCCAGGAUUCGACAACAUCUGUUCGCUGUUUCCAUCGCCAGUUCAAAGUCCAAUGCCCUAUGAAACUGGCCUGGAUUUCAGGGCAGAAUGGUCGACAAAUUCAAACGCCGAUUUAUCGGGCAUAUCAGAAGAAAUAUCUGAUACUGCUGUACAUGAAAUGGACGACGUCUGGUGGGAGGGAAAUUUCUUUCCCGAGUUGACCGACUCACCAUCCACCCCUCUACAGUGUUUACCAGCUAAGACGAUGUAUUGCACAGACCAGUGCUCCAAGUAUCUGGACGAAAGUGUGGAGCAGCUGCAGUACAAACCUCAGACAUCACAAAUUGUAGUCUUGGGUGUAAACUUGUCUUCUCUUACGGACGAUUUCUCAUGGCUGCCGUCCAUAGACGAAGAGCAUGGCGGAACAUACGGUCAGGAUCACAUUGCAGACGAUGGCUACGUAUACGAGAACGGGCAGGUAGGGUACACAGCAUCUGUGGCAUUAGCGUCUCACGAUUACACUAACAAAACUCUCGAAACGUUUACGAAAGUAGGUUUCUAUCCAUACGCAACGCCCGAAACGUCGUUUGAACCGUCGACAUCACCAACUUACAAUCUAUCACCGACAUUUUUAACGCCAGUGACGACUCCUGAAUCAAAUCCUUCAGCAUUUCAUGUGACGUCACCGUCGUCUUUUGCCCUGUCCUCACCAGAAGGUCAUUCGGUGUCUCCGGUGUUCAUUGGAAACUCGCUUCAGCCCCAUAUAAACGGGGUAGCGAUACCAGAAUCUCCUCCGAAAACAGCGACUCCUUCAAGAAACCACGCUGAAGACAAAUCAUUUCACUGUACGUUUAAUGAUUGCAAGAAGAUUUAUGCCAAAUCAUCGCAUCUCAAGGCGCAUCUACGAAGACACACGGGAGAGAAACCGUUCGCUUGCACGUGGGCUGGAUGCGAGUGGAGGUUUUCUCGAUCUGACGAACUUUCGAGACAUCGAAGGUCUCACUCGGGAGUGAAACCUUACCAGUGUCCGACGUGCGAAAAAGGUUUUUCACGUUCUGAUCAUCUCGCGAAACAUCUGAAGGUUCAUAAUCGACAGCGCUGGGUGUCGUACAACGGCCGAAACGUCGUCCACGCGCGCAGAGAUAAGAAGAAUAAUAACUGCGUGUCUCGUUUGUAACUUCUCUUUUCACACGAGUUAAGUCAACUUCGUGCGACAGACGUUCCUUCCCAGUCUCGUCCUAUGUGCCCUCUAUAUCAGUGGUAUUCAACCUUUUUUGUUCACGUACCCCCAGAUAUAAUUUCUCUUCAAUUUUGUACCCCCAAAAAGUUGUUGGUGUAUAAUUCAAGUUAUACAUAGUA